UGUUGUAUGUGAUGAGAUUUUUCACGAAUCUGAUGAUUUGGAAAACCACAUCCAGAUGCAUGUUAAAGAAGAGAAAACUGAUGAUGUAGAUCAAUAUUGUCAUGUUAAAGAUGAGAAAACUGAUGAUAUAGAUGAAUAUUGUCAUGUUAAAGAUGAGAAAACAGAUGAUGUAGAUCAAUAUUGUCAUGUUAAAGAAGACAAAAAUGAAGAUACUGAAACCUUGCAUCAGUGUAAUUUGUGUGAUGAAGAAUUUAGGUCCGAAAAAGAAUUAGGAAACCACUGUGAAAUACAUAUUAAAGAAGAAGAGUCUAUUGUACAACAUAGUAAAAAUUGGCAGAAAAGUUUUAGUCGGUAUAAUAAAAACGGUAUACACAAACAACAAGGUUCUAGAAAAACUCAUUCUGGUAAAAAACCUUAUAAACCAUUCAGAUGUAAUGUUUGUAGUAAAUCCUUUAGUCAGAAUAGCAAUCUGCAGGAACAUGUGAGGGUUCAUACAGGGAUCAAACCAUUUAAAUGUGAUGUUUGUAGUAAAUCAUUUACUCAGUAUGGUAACCUACGGCAACACAUAAAAACUCAUAGUGGAAAUAAACCUUAUCAAUGUGAUGUUUGUAGUAAAUCAUUUACCACCAAUAGAAAUCUACAAAGACACAUAAAUUCUCAUAAAAUGAUUAAAAGAAUUGAUACAGGGGAGAAGCUUUAUAAAUGUGAAUUUUGUUGUAAAUUAUUCACGACUAGUAGUUAUCUAAUAGCCCACACUAGAAUUCAUACCGGUGAAAGGCCUUAUAAAUGUGAUGUUUGUAGUAAAUCAUUUACUCACAGUGGUAGUUUAAAGUCACAUAUGCGAAUUCAUACUGGCGAGAAGCCCCAUAAAUGCGAUGUUUGUGGUAAAUCAUUUACUCAAAGUAGUACUCUUCAAACACACAUAAAUACCCACACUAAACAAAAACCAUAUAAAUGUUAUGUUUGUAGUAAAUCAUUCACCCUGAGUGAUGCUCUACAGAAACACAUGAUAAUUCAUAUGGGGGUUAAACCAUAUAAAUGUGAUGUUUGUGGUAAAUCUUUUAGUCAGAAUGGUGGUCUACAGAUACACAUGAUAACUCACACUACAGAAAAGCCAUAUAAAUGUGAUGUUUGUGGUAAAUCAUUUAACAGGAAAUCAAGUCUUCAGAGGCAUAUGAGAAUUCAUACAGGCCAAAAACCGUAUACAUGUGAUGUUUGUGGUAAAUCAUUUUGCGAUUUGAGUAAUUUAAAUGAUCACAUGAAAAUUCACUCCGGAAUUUAUAAAUGUGAUGUGUGUUGUAAAUCAUUUCACCGAAGUAAUUUUUUACAGAAACAUAUGAAAAUUCAUACAGGAGAACACGUCUUGAAAUGUGAUGUUUGUAGUAAACAAUUCAGCAAGAAAAGUCAUCUUAAUGCACACAUAAAAAUACAUACUGGGAAAAAACCUUAUAAAUGUGAUGUUUGUAGUAAAUCAUUCACUGUAAGAGGUACUCUACAGAAGCACAUGAAAAUACAUAGUGGCGAAAAAAACAUAUACAUGUGAUGUUUGUAG